GCCAGGCAUUGAGGAGUGAGUGUGGCCUGGAUUUCUGUCCCCUCUCCAUCAUCCCUUUUAUUUUACUCUUAUCGUGCUUUCCAGAAAGUCUGCCUGCUGGGAGAAUCGUUUUGACAGUUUCCCGUGUUGUCAGAUAGCUCCACAGAAUUCAGUUUCUGAGAACAGGCCAGAGGCAUGCAGUGACAUUGCAUAAUCCUCUUCUGAAGCCAGAGAUAGCAGCCGGAGAGCUCACGGGAGCUGUUUCACACCAAGAUGAAAGGAGCAGGCAUCAUGGAUGGUAUGCCCAAGACCCUCCUGGCCAGAGCGCUUUUUGACAACCACCCAGACUGCUCCUACGAGCUGGCUUUCUGCAGAGGAGACAUCUUGACCAUUCUCGAACAAAACGUGCCAGAAAGCGAGGGCUGGUGGAAGUGUUUGCUCCACGGGAGGCAAGGUCUGGCCCCUGCCAACCGCCUCCAAAUCCUCCCUGAGGCCCCCGCAGACAGGCCGUGUGCCCCUUUCCUGAGAGGCCUGGAAGAACCUCUUACCCGCUCCGAGGAGACCUACCAGGUGCCCACCCUGCUCAAGCCCCCGGCUCCAGGCCCCGUGUACGAGGACAUGAGGAGCUGGGUGGAGGGGCCUCCACCUGCCACCACCCAAGUCUACGAAUUCCCUGACCCACCGGCCGGGGCCAGGAUCGUCUGUGAAAAGACUCUAAGCUUUCCGAAACAGGCCCUCUUCACGAUGCCCAGACCUGCACGGGCCUCGUUGCCAACGCUGCCUUCUCAGGUGUACGACGUGCCUGCCCAGAGCCGGGGCCCCCCAGCCCUGAAGGAGCCAGAGAAGAGGCAAUUAUAUGAUAUACCCCCCAGCCCCCAGAAGGCAGGACUGGGUCCCUCGGCCAGCCCACUGAGUGGACAGUGCGCGCCCCCGACAUCAGCGAUCGCCCCGAGGCGAGGUGGCUACAGCACGUUACCCAGCCCCCAGAAAUCAGAAUGGAUUUAUGACUCACCAGUGUCUCCAGAAAAAGCCGAAGGCACAAAUGCAUCUCUGAGCAGCUUUGUGGAAGAGUCAGAGCCCCACCGUCCCCCAGGGCCCAUGUCCAGCUUCCAGAAUCCUCUGAACAGCAGAACAUGGUCCCACUAUCCGCACCUGCAUAAAAACGUGCCCAUGCAGAAAAAACUCAGCCUCCCCGAAAUUCCUUCUUAUAAAGCCCUGGCACCCAGGGACACAUUCCCCUUGGACGAGGGUGCUGGCUACAAGGUGCCUUCAAGCUUUCUGAUCCCCCGGGUGGAGCAGCAGAACACCAAGCCCAACAUCUACGACAUCCCUAAAGCGACACCGAGCGAGCCUCAGGCGGUGAACGAGCCGGGGAGAGCCGGCGGGGCUCCGGAGAUCGCCGCGGACCGCAGCUCCUCCUGGUUCUCGGGCCGGGCCCCCUCGCUGUGUCCGGACCCGGACCGGCUCUCCGUCUCCAGCUCGGACAGCAGAGCCAGCGUGGUCUCUUCGUGCUCCUCCACGUCCACGGACUCGUCGUCUGGCCCCUGCUUGGAGGAGUCAGGAAAGGAGCUCUCCUUGGACCCGGACUUGGCCAGAGAGACGGUCGCGGCUCUGCAGCACGAGGUGGCGAGCUCUGUCGCCAGCCUGAUGCUCUUUGUCAGCAGGAAGUGGAGGUUCCGAGACUACCUGGAGGCCAACCUCGGCGCCAUCCGCAGCGCGGCCGACCGCGUGCAAGAAUCCUUGAGAGCGUUUCUGGAUUUUGCCCGCGGGGUCCGUGGGACGGCCUGUAACCUCAGCGACACGAACCUUCAGGCCAGGAUUAGGGACCAGCUACAGACCAUCUCCAACUCCUACCAGAUCCUGCUUGGGACGAAGGAAAGCCUGGAUAGCUGCAAGUGGUCCUUGGAAGUCCUUGUGACGAACAAAGUCCAAAACAGCCCAGAUGACCUCGAGCGAUUUGUCAUGGUGGCGCGGAUGGUUCCAGAAGACAUCAAGAGGUUUGCCUCCAUUGUCAUUGCCAACGGGAGGCUCCUUUUCAAACAGAACUGUGAAAAGGAAGAUACCUUGCAGAUGACCCCCCAUGGACAACUGAAACCUGCAAAAUGCAUCCAGCUUCCCCAAAGGGAAAUUGAACCAUACGAAAGAAGUACUCCUUUUAAUAAACAAAAGGAAAAUGAACACUCCCCUGAGCUACUAAAGAAAAAUGGGACAAUUAUGUGUGAACCGAAGUCGUCUAACCUAGAAGAGACAGAAAAAGCCAUCUCGGAAGGAAGGUCGGAUGAAAACAAAAACUGGGAAGGACAGAAUCCUAGCUCCCUCAUCCUGCAACCUUUGAGUCAGCAGAAUCCUGAGAAGAGAUUCCAACUUUCUGAACACUGUCGGCUCUAUUUUGGGGCGCUCUUCAAAGCCAUCAGUGUAUUUAACCACAGCCUCAGCAACAGCCAGCCUCCCGAGGUCUUCAUCACGCAGAGCAAGCUGGUCAUCAUGGUGGGGCAGAAGCUGGUGGACACGCUGUGCAAGGAGACCCAGGAGAGGGACGUGCGCAACGAGAUUCUUUGCGGCAGCAGUCACCUGUGCAGCCUGCUCAAGAACCUCGCGCUGGCCACCAAGCAUGCCGUGCUCAAGUACCCCAGCCCUGCAGCCCUGGGACACCUCCAGGCCGAGGCCCAGAAGCUGGAGCAACACACUCGGCAAUUCAGAGGGACGUUAGAAUGAGCCUCCUUCCCCCUCCGUCUCCUCGUUAACCCCUUAGCCUCAGCUUUCCCAGCCCGACGUGUGCAACUCUGUCCUACAGGCAAAGCCAACCUGGGGAUGCACCAAUUAGUACACGCUGGUAUUAUCGAGUGGCUAAACAACCCCAGGACAUUGACUUAGCCCAGAGAGGUCCAGGUAUAAGAAAGAACUUUGCGGAGUUUUUAGCAUAGCCUGUGGAGUCAGUGUACGCAGGGAUGUUGUAGAAACCAAUUUUAUAUUGGUCAAAUGUAUGCCUGCCUUAAAAUCAUUCAUUCAGGACUUAUUUAUUGGGCAUCUACUUAUGUCAGAUUCUAGGUGCUGGGCAUAUAGCCGUGAACCAGAGACCUUGCCCUCAGGGAGCUUACAGUCUAGUGGGGAGAUAGACAAUAAGUGAUGAAGAAUUGCAUGCACAAAUUGUCAGGUGUUAGCAAGACGGUAAAGGAGGAGGGACUGAUUCUCAAAUGAUGAAUUUCUGUUGCAUCCAUUAGCAGAUGUGAUAAGUUUUUCAUUUUCAAUUGAAUUAAGUCUGUAAGAUUUGGUACAAAUCAUGUACCUGCA